AUGUUUAUUCCUCAGUCGUAAGUCCACGCGUCUGGGGUGUACAUCACUGUGUUGUUGAAAGCAUUUCAUACCGGCAAACAGAAAAUCGUCAUAAGCUGUUCUUGUUUCUCACGAACGAUACCUUGCCGUAUUUACAGAUUUUUCACUAAUAUUAAAGAAAAAGAAAAAAUCAACUUUUAAUCAUGGUUGGAAUGACACAAAGACCUUGGACUCCUACAAAAAGACGAGGCCCGAUUGCCGCUGAAUACAGCAGCCCAGGACCAGCCUGUGUAACUCUACCAACAUUAAUAGGAAAAACAGUUACAGAUUCUAAACGAGGAAGGGCACCAGCAUUCUCCUUCGGCAACAGACAUGCAACAAGAGACAAUAGCGCUGGCCCUGGUCCUGGGCAAUAUAAUGUCUCUGGACUUAGCGCAAAAGGAAAGGAUGCUGCACCUGCCGUGUCAUUGUACGGCCGAACAAAAUCGACAAAGCCGGAAAUUACGCCAGCACCAGGCGAUUACAAUCCGCAAAAAGCAGAAAAGAUAAUUUUGGACAAUUCGCCAAAAUAUUCCUUUGGCGUUAAAACGCAAAUCGAGAAGGUCAGCUGUACACCCGCACCGAGUGAUUAUUGCGCUGAAAUCAUGACUCUCUACAGAACAGCAGCGUUCACUUUUGGUGUAAAAGCUGUAUCUGAAAGAUCAAACGAUACGCCUGCUCCAGGUACAUAUCAUCCAGAAAAGACGAGACUGGAUAACAUGCCACAGUUCACGUUCGGACUUAGAACACCGCUUGAUAAGCCAAGUAACACGCCAGCGCCUGGCACAUACAGUCCGGAAAAGGUAAAUUUGGAAAAAGGUCCACAGUACAGUUUGACCGGCAAAAGCCGAAUCGAAAAGCACAACGAUACACCAGCGCCAGGUGCGUAUUGUCCCGAAAAAGUAAAAUUGGAUUCAUCAUUGCAGUUUAGUUUUGGAUUAAAACCUGCUAUCGAGAAACCGAGCGAUACACCAGUGUGCCUUUCUGUUUCAGCUCCCGGUGCAUAUAGUCCCGAAAAGGUAAACUUGAAUAAAGGGCCUCAGUAUAGCUUGAGCGGCAAAGGAUCAGCCGAGAAACCUACUGAUACACCAGCACCUGGAACAUAUUGUCCUGAAAAAGUUAAAUUGGAUACCACGCCGCAAUAUAGUUUCGGAAUUAAACCUCCUUUGGAGAAACCCUAUGACACGCCAGCGCCUGGAACAUAUAGUCCGGAAAAAGUAAAUUUGUCUAAAGGACCAGAGUACAGUUUAACUGGCAAAGGACCUACUGAAAAGCCCGCGGAUACACCAGCGCCUGUAACAUAUUCUCCAGAAAAAGUAAGAUUAGAUAAUACGCCACAAUAUAGUUUUGGCAUUAAAUACGCUCCGGUUAAAUCUAAUGAUACACCAGCACCAGGUACUUACAGUCCAGAGAAAGUAAAUUUGGAUAAAGGGCCGCAAUACAGUUUGACUGGGAAAGGACCUACUGUAAAACCCGUGGAUACGCCAGCGCCUGGAACUUACAGUCCGGAAAAAGUAAAUUUGGAUAAAGGACCACAAUAUAGUUUAACUGGUAAAGGAUCUGUUUCAAAAGUUGAUGACAUUCCUGCACCUGGUACAUACAGUCCGGAAAAGGUGAAUCUGAACAAGGGGCCACAGUACAGUUUGGCUGGAAAAAGGAUGCCAGAAAAAUUAAACGAUAAUCCAGGCCCCGCUGAUUACAAACCAGAGAAAGUUCUAAAUCUGGAACAUAAACCUUAUUACAGUUUUGGUGAUAGAAAAUCUUUGGAUGAGCCUAAAGAUACACCAGGCCCAGCCGAUUACACUCCAGAAAAAGCUCUAAAUCUGGAACAUAAACCUUAUUACAGUUUCGGUAAUAGGAAAUCUUUGGAUAAACUUAGAAAUACACCAGCUCCUGGUACAUAUAGUCCCGAGAAUAUAAACAUGUCUAAAUCGCCGCAAUAUAGUUUUGGCGUUAAAACCGAGAUCUAUGAGAAGAAAAAUAUACCAGGUCCGGGUGAAUACAGUCCAGAGAAGGCAAUGCUUUUAUUGGAAAAAGCAUUGCAAUUUACUUUUGGCCUUAGACCACCCAUGAGCAGACCAAACAGUGUUCCAGCACCCAAUAUCUAUAACAUCCCCUCCGCUCUCGGCGGAACUAAAGAGAGCAACAAAAAAGCGGCACCCGCCUAUUCAAUAUCCGGUAGACAGAAAAUUUUCACGGAUGAUCGUGUUCUUGUACCCGGACCAGGCGCAUACGAGGCUAUUAAACCGGAUGCGGUUAGAGCGAAAAGUCCGGCGUACAGUAUGAGUGCACGUUUUCCACUACCUGACGAUCAUUCACAGAUCCCAGGACCUGGAGCACAUUGCCCAGAAAAGGUGAUUCUCGACAUUCCCCCUGCGCAUACAUUUGGCAUCAGACAUUCACCAUACAUUUGCAAUUUGAAGGACGCAGUUUAUUAAUUCGUCAAUUAAUGACUAUAGUAAUUUGUCAACUAAAAUACUUUCUUUUCUGUGACUUGACAUUCCAUGAUCGAUUAACGAAUUUUAAGAACAGUCAA